AUGGAUUCAUAUAACUCUGACUUGAAAACGGUACCACAAGCGCACGGCGAGGAGGAUAAUGACAACGACAUCAACAUAGACGAUGGAGAUUUCGAAAUUGAUUCAGAGCCUGAUUUGGAUGAGGAUCCUAUCAAGGCAGUGUUCGACCGAGAUAUGGAGGAUGCACGCCAAUUGACUAUCCAGCAACGAAAGUCAAACUUGACCGACGAUGAAAAAAAGGAGGAGAAACUGGAUUUUAUCAAUAAGAAGAAACACGAGUGGAAGAAGAAUACACAAGACGGCCGAAACUUUCUGCACCAUUUGGCCUACUACAACUACAAGAACGAUGUGCAGCAACGCCCAAGUAUUAUCCUCCAAUGGCUCAUGGUUGGAGCCAUUUCCCGUUUGUCCAGCCUCGUGGGGUCUUUGGACAACGACAAGCGGACUCCUUUAACUGCCGCGUUUUCACGGGGGAACGAAAUGUUUGUCCAUUCUAUGUGCAAAACAAUUCCGCCAAAAACACGCGAGAAGUUCCAGACUUUUUUACUCAAAGACUGCAGUCGAGAUAGCGAGACUACGUGCCUUCAUGCUGCUACAAGUUGUACUUUUGACAAUGGACAAAAGAGACUUGAGUUCUUCAGUAACCUUUGCACAUUUGUACCAAAGGAAAUGUUUUCCGUCAGAGAUAAACAAGGUCGUACACCUCUGCAUAUGGCAGUUGAGUACGAUCAAUGUUGUACUAGCCAGGUGCAGAUUGUCGAACAACUACUGCGCUCGCAUCCCAGUGUAUUGGACAUGACAAUACAAGACCCAAGAAAUCCAAGCCAAAACUUGUCAGCCUACCAAUAUCACCACUAUACUCGGAAAAAAACAGAGAAAAAGAUGGCAGAGAGUCAACAGAGAGUUACUGAAAACAUGAGUAUCCAAGAGGCUAGAAAUGGAGCUUCAAAAAAGGCAGAUACUAGGGAUGAAAAGAAAUCCGAUCCAAAGAAGGACUCCAGGAGAGUAUUAACAAAAGAGGAAAAGUCUGGCACUUCGAAGACGAGCAUGGGGCCUCCGCCACCGAGGGAUAUGGGCGAUGCAAACUCGAAGCGAAGAGGCUCAAUAUCCCAAACUCCGCAGGGAGCGACCACUCCUGUUCGUACACCAAUCUUGAACCCGAUCCGCCGUACCCAUACUGGGACUCAGCCCGACACGGUUAGCAAGUCUGUACAGAAGGCAAGAGAAACUGCAGAGACUGCAAAGAUGAUCAGUAACCUGCUUAAGCUUGAAACGUUGCGCAGGCAGAGCCCAGCGAAGGCAGCCGAGAACUUACAGUUAUACGAUGAGCCAGUUAGAGAAUUCUGGUUCGACUUUGGGCCCCCCAAGGCCCUUAGUCAAGAUGAAUUCAAAAAGCACUUCGAUCAUUUACGAUUCGACACGGCACUUCAGUAUGUCGCGUUUCCACAGAUUUCCACCAAGGACGAUAGGGAUCAAUCAGACGUGAGAUAUAGUGGAAGAGAGGAUAUGAUCUUCUUUUUUGAUUGGCUUCGAAAUAAAUCUGUUACUAAGAUCGUCAAGGUUUUUGUUGAAGACAUGGAACCGCCUUCACAUCGUGACGAAGCCAUAGAACGUUGUUUGAAGUACUUUAAAGUAGAAGUGCUCGACUGGAAACGAUUGGAUCUUGAUUCAGUCACGCUUCGUGAGAUUGGAGCCAAUCUACGCGAGGUUUACCUGCAAUGGAGCGGAAGCAAUAACACCCUUCGAGCGUGGUCAGAGCAAGAUGCUCUUCCCUCUCUACCUUCACUAGAGGUGAUCCAUCUAAUUCAGAAACAGGGAAUUGAGUCGCCUGAACGAACUUUUAAAAACCUCCAAGCCUUUGAAGAGCGCUUGAAUAAGUUUUGGCCAGAUGGCAUCCCUCGGCCUCGUGUAAUCCGACCUAAAUCAGGUGGUGGCCGGCCGUUGGCGCAUGUCCGGACAACAGAGGCAAAAUCUCAGCACCAGGAGCGCCCAGUUGAUCCACAUAGAUGGAUUGAAUGCAUGCAAAACUUUUCACAAUGCUUUAGACAGAUAAAAGCUCUCAGGGAGGCCACAGGCGUGUCUCCCUCGCCCGUGGAGGUUGCUCUUAUCGACGAUGGUGUCGAUAUUACUCACCCCGAUCUCAACGACAUCAAAGAUCGGAGAAUAUUUGGCAAGAGCUUUGAUUCUGAAGGCGGGAGCUCCAACAAUCGCGUCCCGCCAUAUUGGAGCUCAUCCUCCGGCCAUGGGACAUUAAUGGCGAAAUUCAUACACAAGAAACUUCAAAUCAAGCCAGAGAGUGCAAUCAAGGCCAUCAACUAUGCUGCGGAGAGAGGAUCGCAGAUUAUUUGCAUGUCAUGGACUAUCAAACCUCCAGAGGGAGAAUUGAGAAACCGAUUCAAUGCCGCGGUACAAAACGCUGUUGAUAAUCACGGCAUUCUCAUGUUCUGUUCGACUAGUGACCAAGGACAGUUAGCCGACAUCAACUACCCACAUCAGAGCAACCGUCAGUGCUUUCGAAUUGGUGGUGCAAAGUCCACUGGAACUAUGCUCGACACAGUUGGUGAUCCUCAUGCGGUGGAUUUCAUCUUUCCCGGGCACGAAGUUGUCAUCAGCAGCAGAGAGGAUGAUAGCUCAGCACAGAAAUUCGAACCUCACACAGGUAGCUCUGUCGCCAACGCUCUUGCGACAGGUCUAGCAGCGCUUGUCAUUGAGUGUGUGAGGUUGAGUGUGAUAUACAACCGAGAAUUGGCAAAGCAGGGUCAACAGACUAUUGUCGCGUUUGGGUACAGUCCGAUUGUUGAAGAUGAUAUAACCAAGAUCCGAGAACGCGCCCGAAUGGAAGAUGCAUUUCACAGUAUUGGGGUUAACCAAAACACAAACCACAAGUACAUUGAGGUUUGGAACACGUUUGAUGCAGUUGCUACGAAUCUGAAAAGGAGUGGUGCUGAAUAUGAGAAGCUACGACAUAUCGCAACUCUUGCUGAGUACUUUUUGAAGAAAGGAGUCAAGUAA